AUGUCCACUUCCACACCCUCUACACCGCGCUCAACGCGCGCCGCGUCCCCCGGCACAGACACCGAAAUGCUCCUCACCCCCGGCCGGAAGAUCAAAGCCAUGCUUGCUGCGUUUGAUAGCGAUAGCGAUUCCGAUGAUGACGACUGUAACCGUAAUAAUGCUACGCAGAAAGGAAUUGGGGCUGGUGGUGAUCGCUCCACGACCAAGCUCAGCGACGCGUUGAAGAAGAGCUCGAUUUCUUCGGUUGUUGAGGCGGCGGGUUCGGUACCGAUGGUUGACGUCGAGGAUGAGGAUGAGGAUGAUGACGACGACGACGAGGAGAUUGUGAGGCCUAAGGGGCGGAUGGCAGCGCGGUUACAGGGUACUACUGGUCAAUCGGGGACGACGGCGUUUGAGAGGGUUAAGAGGAGGUUACGGGAUGAGGAGGCCAAGGGACAUGGUCACAAGGAUGACGACGACGACGAUCUCCCAACGGCGGGUCCGCGACGGAGAGGGAUUACCACCGUACCUCCCGAGCCUGCAUUCGAUGAAGAUGAUGAGGAGCCGCGGACCCGCGCGUACUCUCCGCUUUUCGUGUCGUCGCCUGUCAAGGGACGGGAUCAUGCCGAGAACGAUGCCAACAUCACAGAUAACGAGGACGAAGCACAGCAACCGAAGAAGAACGCCCGGUUCUUGGCUCUUGUGGCGCAGAAGCGCAAGGAGCGCGAGGAAGAGGAACAGGCUGAGGCGGAGAGACGGGCCGCCGCGCGGGCUGCGAGGCAGCAGGGACAAUCUGAUGCGGAGAUGGUCUUGUCUGCGAGUGAGGGCGAGGGCGACGGUGCAUCAUCGGGCGCCGAAGCCACAGCCAAAAAGCAACAGCAGACGCGGCCUGCGGCGCGCAAGGCCAGCAAAAAGGCACUGGAGGAGAUGAACCGCGAGACGCAGCGGAUGAGUCGCAACAUGCAGCUAGCGCAUCAGGCACAGACGAAGAAGAAGAUUACCAAGGAGAGCUUCUUCGCGCGGUUCAACUUCGGACAGCCGGCUGUCCCCCAAGAAGCUAUACCCCCAGCUGGCGAGACCUCAUCUAGCGCGGCGGGCUCGCAGAAUUCGUCGGAUGUCGAGGCACAGAAGGACAAGGAGACGCCCCGGACGUCGCCGGUCCUGGGUCCGGCAGACAAGGUGUUUGCUAUGGAGGAAACAGACGAGAAUCCAGCUGAGCCCGAAUUCCCGACGCUCGAGAAGAUUCUCGCCAACCCACCGACGCAGCCUGAGGAACCGAUUGUGGCUCGGAUGGAGGUGGAGCCGACAGGUCAGAAAAUAGACGCAACAUACGCUAAAGGGAAGAAGGCGCUGAACCUGCCUGCGGUUCGCGUCAGGCUAUCACGAGAAGAAGUGGCACGCCAUCAACAAGACGACUCGGACAGUGACCUGGAAAUUGUCACCUCGCCCGCCAAAUGCCGCCGGAUCGCGGCUUUCGAGAACCUCCCCGCCAAGAAACUACAGGAGUCGGCUUCAAUGAUUAAGUUGAAAGCUCUGGCGCACUUGACCUCGCCCAACCGCAAGUCCAAGGGCAUGAACGGGGCUCAACUCUCUGCCACGUUGCUCCUGAAGGCUAGACAGCAAGCUGCCAGGGAGCGACAGGAGAGGAUCGAAGAGCUCAGAGCCAAGGGUGUUCACAUCGAGACGGCGGAAGAGCGCGCGGCCAUGGAGGACGAGCUGGAGAACCUGGUCGAGAAGGCACGCAUGGAAGCCGACGCAAUUGCCAAGCAAGAACGCAAAGCUGCCAAGCGCGACGGCGAUGACGAGGACGAGGACGAGGACUUCGAAUACUCGGGGUCAGAGGAUGGGGAGAAUGGUGACGACGACGAAGACGAGGAAAUGGCAGACGCACAAGGAGGCGGUGAUGGAUUGGUCGACUCUGAAGCCGACGAAGGGGAUGAAUCGGAAGACGACAAGUCAGAAGUCAUGUCGGUCGAGGAGACGGAUAUUCCUACCCAGAGACGCAAGCGACAGACUCGGGUGAUCAGCGACGACGAGGACGAGGACGAGGUGCAAGAGCCGAAAACCCCAGCCAAGCCCAUCAUCGGUGCCACCACUCCUGCAACGCGGUCUGUCGACCGGCCUCACCUCCCUGCGCAGAGCUCCAACGACCUGCUAAGCUUGACGCAAGCCUUUGCGGGCACCAUAGCCGGAAGCCCCCAGCGCAGCCAACAGACGCCUGCUCCCACACUGCCGAGCACUUUGCCCGAGCCUGGACUCCACGAGUCCGACUCCAAUGUGAUAGUUAAGGACAGCCAGGUGCCCCGGGCCGAGUCUCAUGAUAUACUCGCUCACUACGCCCCGUCCACCGCGCGGGUGUCCGAAUCCCCCGCUCCACGCUCCGUCUCGAACUUCUCGCAGAUCCCCGACCCGACGCAGGAUGAAGGAUUCAUUCUCUCGCCAUUUGACCCGUCGAAGCGCUUCCUCGGCACGCCGCAAUCGACCAUCGAAACCGUCAUCGUGGACCAGAACCAGUCCCCGGUCCCCACGAGAAGCAAGCGCUACUUGAAGCGUGGCGGCCGCGCCGCUGACCUUUCCAUGGUCGAAGAACAAGAGGAAGACAACGGCGACUUCGAAAUCAACGCCAAUGCCUUCAACAUCAUGAAGGCGUCGAAGAAGAACAAGAAGCCUGCCGUCCUAUUCGACAAGAGCAAGAGCAAGGCCAAGGACGUGGUGGAAGAGGCAGCAGAGGAGUCGGACGAUGAAUACGCCGGACUGGGCGGUGGAAGCGACGAGGACGACGAUGACGAGGAGAACGCCUACGACCGAGCGAUGAUCAACGACCACAGCGGGGAGACAGUUGACGAGAAGCAGCUUGCUGCCUUGAACGCCCACCACCAACGCACCACCGACGAAAAGCAAGUCGCCAAGCUCCUGAAGGACAUCACCACGGGUGCCCUCCGGCGGCGCCGCGGCGCCAACGCAGGCGACGAGUUCGACCUGGACGACUCGGACGACGAACUCCUGGCGCGGCGCCGCGAGAAGCAGCGCGAGUUCGCGCGGAUGCGCAAGGCGCUUCUGGCCGACGAGAAGAUGGGCGAGAUCGCCGAGAACCCGAAGAAAGCAGCCUUCUUCCGGGCGGUUGAGGACCGCGACGACGACGAUGACGAGGAGAUGGGGCUGGAGUUUGAGGAGGAGGGGGAGGACGAGGAGAAAUCCACCGACAACACCACCGACCCGCAAAACAACAAAAGAAAACGCCCCCUCAACCCUAGCACCGAAUCCACCUACAACCGACCCCCGCCCCACCUCCGCCGCAAGCCGGCCUCCGCCAUGUCCAAGAAACCCGCGACCCUGGCCGAGAUCCGCGAGACCCUGAGCUUUUUGACCGAGACGCACGAGUACGAUUCCUUCCACGAGGACGCCUCCCUGGACCAGGAGCACGACCACGACCACGACCAGCCAGAAGAAACCACCCUCGACCCCGCCGACUUCGCUUCCGAUGACUCCGACGACGAACUCGCCGCCGUCGCCGGACCCAGCCAACCCAAACCCCCCCCAAACCUCCUGACCCACCACCCACGCCGCACCCGCGGCCCCGUCGUCGACCGCCUCGCCCUCCUCCGCCAAGCAUCCAGCAACUCCGCCACCUCCUCCAAUGCUGGAGGCAAACUCGCUUUCGCGACGGAUUCCCCCACCACCACCACCGCCAAGGACAGCGGCACCUUCGGCCUCGGCUUCAACCGCCCCCCGCCUCUACUCCGGCGCAGCACCACCGCCUCCUCCUCAUCCUCCUCCUCAUCCUCAGGAGCAGGAGCAGGAAGCCGACGGAGUAGCGCAGCGUCCGUGAACGCCGGCCACGGGGCAGUGAACCCAGCCGGAAUCAAAAAGGCAGGGGGUAACGCCACCGCCUCCGUCAACGCGUACACGGCGGCGCGCGAGCGGGAACGCGAGAGGGAGCUGCGGAUGCAGCGCGCCCGAACUGGGAGCGCGGGCGGGUCGAGGAAAUUGGCGGCGGCGCUGUUGGAUCAGCGGACGGCGAAUCGGUUGGGGGCUCUGGGGGGCGGGGGGCGGUGGGAGUGA